AUGAUGUGGGACUGCCCCAGCGUGAAGACCUUUUGGUCACAGGUUGCCAGGUCUGUGUCGAGCAUAGGGAAUGGCAGCACCAACUAUCUCCCCAAUAUAUUAUUGUUGAACGAUGACUCUUCACUGACUCUCACAGUACCUCAGAAACUAGUAUGGUUGUCUGGACGUCCUUUCACUAGAGCUCUCCAUCGCUCAUGUGAAUAGCGGCAAGGAAACAACAUUAGAUGCAUUCAAUAGAUGAGUUAAUGAAAAUCAAAUUUUAUUUGUCACAUGCGCCGAAUACAACCUUACUGUGAAAUGCUUACUUACAAGCCCUUAACCAACAAUGCAGUUCAAAUAUUUACUGUCAAUGUCAAUAGUCCGGGUGGCCAUUUUAUUAAUUGUUCAGCAGUCUUCUGGCUAGGGGGCAGAAGCUGUGAAGGAGCCUUUUGGACCGAGACUUGGCGCUCCGGUACCGCUUGCUGUGCAGUAGCAGAGAGAACAGUCUAUGACUUGGGUGACUUGAGUCUUCGACAAUUUUUUGGGCCUUCCUCUACCCGUCUGGUAGGCUCGCGUCACUGGGCAGCUCACGGCUGGGUUUCCCUUUGUAGUCCGUAAUAGUUUGCAAGCCCUGCCACAUCCGACGAGCGUCAGAGCCGGUGUAGUAGGAUUCAAUCUUAGUCCUGUAUUGAUGCUUUGCCUGUUUGAUGGUUCGUCUGAGAGCAUAGCAGGAUUUCUUAUAAGCGUCCGGAUUAGUGUCCCACUCCUUGAAAGCGGCAGCUCUAACCUCGGUGCGGAUGUUGCCUGUAAUCUAUGGCUUCUGGUUAGGAUAUGUACGUACGGUCACUGUGGGGACGACGUCAUCGAUGCACUUAUUGAUGAAGCCGGUGACUGAGGUGGUAUACUCCUCAAUGCCAUUGGAUGAAUCCCGGAACAUAUUCCAGUCUGUGCUAGCAAAACAGUAAUGAAUGUAUUUGCAAAUUAUGGUGGAAAAUAAGUAUUUGGUCACCUACAAACAAGCAAGAUUUCUGGCUCUCACAGACCUGUAACUUCUUCUUUAAGAGGCUCCUCUGUCCUCCACUCGUUACCUGUAUUAAUGGCACCUGUUUGAACUUGUUAUCAGUAUAAAAGACACCUGUCCACAACCUCAAACAGUCACACUCCAAACUCCACUAUGGCCAAGACCAAAGAGCUGUCAAAGGACACCAGAAACAAAAUUGUAGACCUGCACCAGGCUGGGAAGACUGAAUCUGCAAUAGGUAAGCAGCUUGGUUUGAAGAAAUCAACUGUGGGAGCAAUUAUUAGGAAAUGGAAGACAUACAAGACCACUGAUAAUCUCCCUCGAUCUGGGGCUCCACGCAGAUCUCACCCCGUGGGGUCAAAAUGAUCACAAGAACGGUGAGCAAAAAUCCCAGAACCACACGGGGGGACCUAGUGAAUGACCUGCAGAGAGCUGGGACCAAAGUAACAAAGCCUACCAUCAGUAACACACUACGCCGCCAGGGACUCAAAUCCUGCAGUGCCAGACGUGUCCCCCUGCUUAAGCCAGUACAUGUCCAGGCCCGUCUGAAGUUUGCUAGAGUGCAUUUGGAUGAUCCAGAAGAGGAUUGGGAGAAUGUCAUAUGGUCAGAUGAAACCAAAAUAGAACUUUUUGUUAAAAUGUCAACUCGUCGUGUUUGGAGGACAAAGAAUGCUGAGUUGCAUCCAAAGAACACCAUACCUACUGUGAAGCAUGGGGGUGGAAACAUCAUGCUUUGGGGCUGUUUUUCUGCAAAGGGACCAGGACGACUGAUCUGUGUAAAGGAAUGAAUGAAUGGGGCCAUGUAUCGUGAGAUUUUGAGUGAAAACCUCCUUCCAUCAGCAAGGGCAUUGAAGAUGAAACAUGGCUGGGUCUUUCAGCAUGACAAUGAUCCCAAACACACCGCCCGGGUAACGAAGGAGUGGCUUCGUAAGAAGCAUUUCAAGGUCCUGGAGUGGCCUAGCCAGUCUCCAGAUCUCAACCCCAUAGAAAAUCUUUGGAGGGAGUUGAAAGUCUGUGUUGCCCAGUGACAGCCCCAAAACAUCACUGCUCUAGAGGAGAUCUGCAUGGAGGAAUGGGCCAAAAUACCAGCAACAGUGUGUGAAAACCUUGUGAAGACUUACAGAAAAUGUUUGACCUGUGUCAUUGCCAACAAAGGGUAUAUAACAAAGUAUUGAGAAACUUUUGUUAUUGACCAAAUAUUUAUUUUCCACCAUAAUUUGCAAAUACAUUCAUAAAAAAUCCUACAAUGUGAUUUUCUGGAAAGAAAUUUCUCAUUUUGUCUGUCAUAGUUGACGUGUACCUAUGAUGAAAAUUACAGGCCUCUCUCAUCUUUUUAAGUGGGAGAACUUGCACAAUUGGUGGCUGACUAAAUACUUUUUCUCCCCACUGUAGUUAUGUGAUGACAUCACGUGUACCUUCAAAAGUAUUUGGCAAUCAUAAUUUAUUUGAAAAACACUGUUUCCAUCAUCAUUUGUCGCAAUAAAGGAAAUGCACCAGUCGAACGGAUAAAAAGGUUGUCGAUCUUUAGAAAAUGUCUCCUAUCUGCCAUUUCCAUUACACAUGUGUAGGGCGACCCAGCCCCUGAAGUGACUCUUCUUAUCAACUGUAUGCAAGGAUUCCUUUGUGUUAUCUUAGGAAUGACUCAUUAUCUUGCCAACCCCCAUUGUCUCACCUCUGAGAAGCAGAGGUAAUAUCCUGUAGGUUUGAUAUCUGAUUGGAGGCUAACUUUAUAGUAAUACUGUUGGUCAACAACUCAGUUUUUGAAUCCAAUCAACUCAGAUGCUUAUAAAAGGGUCUUAGAUUAUUUGUUCUUUCUCUUAUUUGUUCCUGACUUGCUGUGGUGAGAUACCUACACUUUUUCUCUCCCAUGAGCAAUGGGCCAUGGCCCAUAGCUCAUGAGAGAGAGAGAGACUUUUAUAAAAAUGGGAACAUAAGCAAACUUAUUUUCCACACAGACUAUCCCCUGGCAUGGCACAGUGCUAUACUAGCACACUACCCCUCUGUUAAGAGGGGGGGUGUUAGCGAUGGGUGGAAACUCAGGAAACUAGACAACGAGGACUCUGAGUCGUCUAAUAUAAAUCUCUAUAAAUCUGGAACAGUUUUGGUACAGUGCAACACCAAACAGUUCCAGCUGGACUUUCACCUAAUCAAAGAAAUAGCUCAGCAGGAGAAGCUCUCCCUUGAGAAAGAUACCCCCACCCCGAGCGGGUCAGACCAGACCUCUUCAUUAAAUAACCCCACAGAGUAACCUCAAGCUGAAAGUCAACUUCCCAGCACAGAGUACUACUCCCUCAUUGAAAUGAAGGAUAAAUUCACCCAGCUGGAGGUAAGGCAGGUGGAGCUGGAACAGCAGGUGAACACACUCCAGUCAGCACAGACCCAGACAACAGUCCAGCACAACAACACCCCCUUAACUAGACAUGGAGAGCUGGAGGUGUAGAGAGACAUGUCUGCACUCUGGACUGUGGUGAGACAACAUCAACAGGAGAAAGAGCAGGAGCAGGAGAAGAACAGAGCACUAGAGGAGAGGAUCAGAGUGCUGGAGGAGAAGGUGAGAAUGAUGACGGGUGACAGAGAACAACCCAUUAGAGAGCUGGCCACCCCCGCAGAGAAGCCAGCAGAACAGCCCAUCUUUGAUCCUGGCCAAAGUCUCGACACCGCAGCAGAACAGUACACCCUAGACCAUGACCAUAGCCUCAACAUCACAGCCAGACAAACAAAUGAAGAACCCCAAGCCCUGGGGCUCCCAACCCCUCUGAGCACCCCCCCCCACACCCACUGAGGACAUACACAAGUCCUUACGGACUCAAACGGGAAAUACAUACAAGAAAAUACACUUUUCCCCAAACACACAGUGUCUAAACUCUGGUGUCCAAACACCCAGCCCGCCCUAGACCUUCUGUCUGAGGACCAACUAGGAUCACCCAGCCACAUAAUACACACAGGCACAAACGACCUGAGAACACAGCAGGAAAGAGUGGCCACAGCACUCAAGGGAGUGAUAGAAAAAGCUUCUUCUACUUUCCCCAACGCACAAGUGGUUAUCUCAACCCUGCUACCACAAAAAUACUUCCACCCUGCUACCAUACAGCAGGUAAAUGACUAAGUAUUUCCCGUGACUGUGCAUCAAAACCAAAUGUCUACCUGGCCCACCACUCCACCCUGGACGUGAACAGCCUUUACGACCAGGUCCACCUAUACAAGGCAGCAGUGCCCACCUUCGCCUGGACCAUAAAGGAUAUCGCCCUCAACCGCAGACCAAACACCUCACAUAGGAGCAACAGAUCAACAGACACCCUGCCCAGACCAGCGAGACACUCUCCCAGACCCCCCCCCCCCCCCCCCCAGACCUACAUAUAGAGGCCCCCGCCGAGAGGACCUACAUCCAGCCCACAGCACCAUCAGCCACAUCUACACCCCCACCCCCACCAAUUAACACCCCACCAAGUCAACCAUGCCCACACCCCAUUUAGGCCCCCUCAGAUCAGACCUAUGCCCCUCCUACUCACCCCAUGCCCCCCACUCCCGCAAAGAGGGCCUCAACAUGAAAGUCACACAUACGCCCAGGCCGUGAGCAGGCAAACAGGCCCAACCCCCACUCAUACACUAGCCCAAGCCAAUGGCAUGUACCAGAUGCUCAGCAGGCUCUGCUCACAAUUACUGGCCUGAGGCCAAACCACACGACCAACAACAUUAGACACCUUAUGGAACACAAAGCCUUCACUAUUUCAUCCUGGAAUAUCCAAGGCCUGAGGUCAUCUGCCUUUGGCCUAAAGAGCAGGAACCUGGACUUCACCAAAGAAAUCGGAAAUACAGACAUUGUCAUCCUACAAGAAACAUGGUAUAGAGGAGACAGACCCACUGGUUGCCCUCUAGGUUACAGAGAGCUGGUAGUCCCAUCCACCAAACUACCAGGUGUGAAACAGGGAAGGGACUCAGAGGGUAUGCUCAUUUUGUAUAGAGCAGACCUAACUCACUCUAUUCAAUUAAUCAAAAUAGGAACAUUUUACAUUUAGCUAGAAAUUCAAAAGGAAAUUAUCUCAACAGAGAAAAAUGUCCUCCUGUGUGCUACCUACAGUGAAGGAAAAAAGUAUUUGAUCCCCUGCUGAUUUUGUACGUUUGCCCACUGACAAAGAAAUGAUCAGUCUAUAAUUUUAAUGGUAGGUUUAUUUGAACAGUGAGAGACAGAAUAACAACAAAAAAAUGUCAAACAUUUUAUAAAUUGAUUUGCAUUUUAAUGAGGGAAAUAAGUAUUUGACCCCUCUGCAAAACAUGACUAAGUACUUGGUGGCAAAACCCUUGUUGGCAAUCACAGAGGUCAGACGUUUCUUGUAGUUGGCCACCAGGUUUGCACACAUCUCAGGAGGGAUUUUGUCCCACUCCUCUUUGCAGAUCUUCUCCAAGUCAUUAAGGUUUCGAGGCUGACGUUUGGCAACUCGAACCUUCAGCUCCCUCCACAGAUUUUCUAUGGGAUUAAGGUCUGGAGACUGGCUAGGCCACUCCAGGACCUUAAUGUGCUUCUUCUUGAGCCACUCCUUUGUUGCCUUGGCCAUGUGUUUUGGGUCAUUGUCAUGCUGGAAUACCCAUCCACGACCCAUUUUCAAUGCCCUGGCUGAGGGAAGGAGGUUCUCACCCAAGAUUUGACGGUACAUGGCCCCGUCCAUCGUCCCUUUGAUGCGGUGAAGUUGUCCUGUCACCUUAGCAGAAAAACACCCCCAAAGCAUAAUGUUUCCACCUCCAUGUUUGACGGUGGGGAUGGUGUUCUUGGGGUCAUAGGCAGUAUUCCUCCUCCUCCAAACACGGCGAGUUGAGUUGAUGCCAAAGAGCUCCAUUUUGGUCUCAUCUGACCACAACACUUUCACCCAGUUCUCCUCUGAAUCAUUCAGAUGUUCAUUGGCAAACUUCAGACGGCCCUGUAUAUGUGCUUUCUUGAGCAGGGGGACCUUGCGGGCACUGCAGGAUUUCAGUCCUUCACGGCGUAGUGUGUUACCAAUUGUUUUCUUGGUGACUAUGGUCCCAGCUGCCUUGAGAUCAUUGACAAUACCUCCCAUGUAGUUCUGGGCUGAUUCCUCACCGUUCUCAUGAUCAUUGCAACUCCACGAGGUGAGAUCUUGCAUGGAGCCCCAGGCCGAGGGAGAUUGACAGUUCUUUUGUGUUUCUUCCAUUUGCGAAUAAUCGCACCAACUGUUGUCACCUUCUUACCAAGCUGCUUGGCGAUGGUCUUGUAGCCCAUUCCAGCCUUGUGUAGGUCUACAAUCUUGUCCGUGAGAUCCUUGGAGAGCUCUUUGGUCUUGGCCAUGGUGGAGAGUUUGGAAUCUGAUUGAUUGAUUGCGUCUGUGGACAGGUGUCUUUUAUACAGGUAACAAGCUGAGAUUAGGAGCACUCCCUUUAAGAGUGUGCUCCUAAUCUCAGCUCGUUACCUGUAUAAAAGACACCUGGGAGCCAGAAAUCUUUCUGAUUGAGAGGGGGUCAAAUACUUAUUUCCCUCAUUAAAAUGCAAAUCAAUUUAUAAAAUUUUUGACAUGUGUUUUUCUGGAUUUUGUUGUUGUUAUUCUGUCUCUCACUGUUCAAAUAAACAUACCAUUGAAAUUAUAGACUGAUCAUUUCUUUGUCAGUGGGCAAAUGUACAAAAUCAGCAGGGGAUCAAAUACUUUUUUCCCUCACUGUACAUCCCCUCACUAGAAUACCCAUACUUUAAUGAAGACAGCUUCUCCAUCCUGGAGGGAGAAAUCAAUCAUUUCCAGACCCAGGGACAUGUACUAGUCUGUGGCGACCUAAAUGCCAGAACUGGACAAGAACCUGACACCCUCAGCACACAGAGGGUCAAACACCUACCUGGAGGUGACAGCAUUCCCUCCCCCAUAUUCCCCCUAGGCACAACUACGACAACAUAACCAACAAAAACGGGUCACAACUCCUGCAGCUCUGUCGCACACUGGGUAUGUACAUAGUCAAUGGUAGGCUUCGAGGGGACUCCUAUGGUAGGUGCACCUAUAGCUCAUCUCUUGGCAGUAGUACUGUAGACUACUUUAUCACUGACCUCAACCCAGAGUCUCUCAGAGCGUUCAGUCAGCCCACUGACACCCCUAUCAGACCACAGCAAAAUCACAGUCUACUUGAACAGAGCAAUACUCAAUCAUGAGGCAUCAAAGCCAAAUGAACUGAAUAAUAUUAAGAAAUGCUAUAGAUGGAAGGAAAGUAGUGUCGAAACCUACCAAAAAAUAAUUAGGCAACAACAAAUUAAAUCCCUUUCAGACAACUUCCUGGACAAAACAUUCCACUGUAAAAGUGAAGGUGUAAACUUAGCAUUAGAAAACCUAAACAGUAUAUUUGACCUCUCAGCUUCCCUAUCAAUUCUAAAAAUCUCUAACAGAAAACUGAAGAAAAAUAACAACCCGUGACAAAUGGUUUGAUGAAGAAUACAAAAACCUAAGAAAGAAAUUGAGAAUCCUAUCCAACCAAAAACAUAGAGACUCUGAGCCUACGCCUUCACUAUGUUGAAUCACUAAAACAAUACAGAAAUGCACUAUGGAAAAAGAAGGAACAGCAUGUCAGAAAUCAGCUCAAUGUAAUUGAAGAAUCCAUAGACUAACCACUUCUGGGAAAAUUGGAAAACACUAAACAAACAACAACACGAAGAGCUAUCUAUCCAAAACGGAGAUGUAUGGGUUAACCACUUCUCCAAUCUUUUUGGCCCUAUAACAAAGAACAAACAGCAAAAAAAUAUACAUGAUCAAAUGCAAAUCUUAAAAUCAACUAUUAAAGACUACAAGAACCCACUGGAUUAUCCAAUUACAUUGAAUGAACUACUGGACAAAAUACAAACCCUCCAACCCAAAAAGGCCUGUGGUGUCGAUGGUAUCCUCAAUUAAAUGAUAAAAUAUACAGACCACAAAUUCCAAUUGGCUAUACUUAAACUCUUUAACAUCAUCCUUAGCUCUGGCAUCUGCCCCAAUAUUUGGAACCAAGGACUGAUCACCCCAAUCCACAAAAGUGGAGACAAAUUUGACCCCAAUAACUACCGUGGGAUAUGCGUCAACAGCAACCUUGGGAAAAUCCUCUGCAUUAUCAUUAACAGCAGACUAGUUCAUUUCCUCAGUGAAAACAAUGUACUGAGCAAAUGUCAAAUUGGCUUUUUACCAAAUUACCGUACGACAGACCACUUAUUCACCCUGCUCACCCUAAUUGACAAACAAACUUUUUUUUUUUUUAUCGUUGAAUUCGUUAUUUAACAAACUUUUUUUGUCAUUUAGCAGACGCUCUUAUCCAGAGCGACUUACAGGAGCAAUUAGGGUUAAGUGCCUUGCUCAAGGGCACAUCGACAGAUUUUUCACCUAGUCGGUUCGGGGAUUAGAACCAGCGACCUUUAGGUUACUGGCACAACACUCUUAACCACUAAGCUACCUGCCGCCCUGUCUUCUCAUGCUUUGUUGAUUUCAAAAAAGCUUUUGACUCAAUUUGGCAUGAGGGUCUGCUAUACAAAUUUAUGGAAAGUGGGGUUGGGGGAAUAACAUACGACAUUAUAAAAUACAUGUACACAAACAACAAGUGUGCGGUUAAAAUUGGCAAAAAACACACAUUUCUUUCCACAGGGCCGUGAGGUGAGACAGGGAUGCAGUUUAAGCCCCACCCUCUUCAACAUAUAUAUCAACGAAUUGGCGAGGGUACUAGAACAGUCUGCAGCACCCGGCCUCACCCUACUAGAAUCUGAAGUCAAAUGUCUACUGUUUGCUGAUGAUCUGGUGCUUCUGUCACCAACCAAGGAGGGCCUACAGCAGCACUUAGAUCUUCUGCACAGAUUCUGUCAGACCUGGGCCCUGACAGUAAAUCUCAGUAAGACAAAAAUAAUCGUGUUCCAGUUGCCAGGACCACAAAUACAAAUUCCAUCUAGACACCGUUCCCCUAGAGCACACAAAAAACUAUACAUACCUCGGCCUAAACAUCAGCGCCACAGGUAACUUCCACAAAGCUGUGAACGAUCUGAGAGACAAGGCAAGAAGGGCCUUCUAUGCCAUCAAAAGGAACAUAAAAUUUGACAAACCAAUUAGGAUCUGGCAAAAAAUACUUGAAUCAGUUAUAGAACCCAUUGCCCUUUAUAGUUGUGAGGUCUGGGGUCCGCUCACGAACCAACAAUUCACAAAAUGGGACAAACACCAAAUUGAGACUCUGCAUGCAGAAUUCUACAAAAAUGUCCUCUGUGUACAACGAAAAACACCAAAUAAUGCAUGCGGAGCAGAAUUAGGCUGAUACCCACUAAUUAUAAAAAUCCAGAAAAGAGCCGUUAAAUUCUAUAACCACUUAAAAUGAAGCGAUUCCCAAACCUUCCAUAACAAAGCCAUCACCUACAAAGAGAUGAACUUGGAGAAGAGUCCCCUAAGUAAGCUGGUCCUGGGGCUCUGUUCACAAACACAAACAGACCCCACAGAGCCCCAGUACAACAACAACAACACAAUUAGACCCAACCAAAUCAUGAGAAAACAAAAAGAGAAUUACUUGACACAUUGGAAAGAAUUAACAAAAAAAACAGACCAAACUAGAAUGCUAUUUGGCUCUAAACAGAGAGUACACAGUGGCAGAAUACCUGACCACUGUGACUGACCCAAACUUAAAGAAAGCUUUGACUAUGUACAGACUCAGUGAGCAUAGCCUUGCUAUUGAGAAAGGCCGCCGUAGGCAGACCUGGCUCUCAAGAGAAGACAGGCUAUGUGCACACUGCCCACAAAAUGAGGUGGAAACUGAGCUGCACUUCCUAAACUCCUGCCAAAUGUAUGACCAUAUUAGAGACACAUAUUUCCCUCAGAUUACAGAGAUCCACAAAGAAUUUGAAAACAAACCCAAUUUUGAUAAACUCCCUUAUCUACUGGGUGAAAAACCACAGUGUGCCAUCACAGCAGCAAUAUUUGUGACCUGUUGCCACAAGAAAAGUGCAACCAGUGAAGAACAAAAACACCUUUUGUAAAUACAACCCAUAUUUAUGUUGAUAUAUUUUCCCAUUUGUACUUUAACUAUUUGCACAUUGUUACAACAAUGUGUAUAUAUAUAUACAUAAUAUUACAUUUGAAAUGUCUUUAUUCUUUUGGAACUUCUGAGUGUAAUAUUUACUGUUAAUAUUUCUUGUUUAUUUCACUUUUGUUUACUAUCAACUUCACUUUCUUUGGCAAUGUUAACAUACGUUUCCCAUGCCAAUAAAGCCCUUAAAUUGAAAUUGAAUUGAGAGCGAGAGAGAAAGAGUAUAGGUAUCUCACAACAGCAAGCCAUGGUUUCUUCGUCCACCCUCUCUGACCAUGCUUAGAGUAAUAGCUUUAUGCCUUGAAUGUGAAACCAUUCAUUUCACAAGGUAAUUAAAUAAUACUUGUAUUUAUAGUUCCAUUCUCAGACAUUUCUUCAAUGCCUAUUACUGUAACUCAACUAUCGUCUCUUGCAUAUUGCUAUUUAUGGUGCAGGACGCAAAGAACUGUGUGGAGAAUGUGUGUGAUGUGGAUGGUGACAAAUGGUCUUGGCUGUGUAACCCCCAGGACCACAGUGGAGUCCUCAGAGCAGAACUGCAGCUGGAUCGAGCCUCAUGCUUUGGGUACACCGACAUGGGUAAGGCUCAUCAAGAUUGACAACAGUCUUUUUUCUGAAAUCCAGAGUAAACCUCCAAUGAGACACUUAUCAUUUUGUUUUGAUGUGCCAUACAAUGUAAUGACCAUUUCCUCCCUUGCUAUGUAAUUCGUAGGAAACUGUGGAUCUGAAUUCGUUCAGAUCAAUGUCGGCCGCUCCUCUUGGCAAUGGCCCCUGGAUUGGGCGGACAGGAGUUAGAAUGUUCAAGAAAGGUAAGAACAGAUAGGGCUGAGAUAAUAAUGAAUAAAUCGCCUCUACUAUUGGAGAAUGUGAAAUCGCUGGAGAAUUAACUGGAUGAGCUCCGUUCGAGACUAUUCUAUCCACUGGACAUUAAGAACUGUAAUAUACUAUGCUUCUCAGAGUCAUGGCUGAACAACGAUAUGGAUAAUAUCUAGCUGGUUUUUCUAUGCAUUGACAGGACAGAACAGCAGCGUCCGGUAAGGUCGGUGUGUGUCUCUUUAUUAAAAACAGCUGGUGCGCAAUCUCUAAUAUUAAGGAAGUCUCAAGGUUCUGCUCGCCUGAGUUAGAAUACCUCAUGAUAAGCUGUAGACCAGGGGUGUCAAACUCAUUUUAGCUCAGGGGCCACAUGGAGGAAAAUCUAUUCCCAAGUGGGCCGGACCGGAAAAAUCAUGGUAUAUAUAACUUAAAAACAACAACUUCAGAUUGUUUUCUUUGUUUUAAUACGAUCAACAUACAACAUAAAGCUGGAGCCUGAGGACAGUGUGUCCAAAAUAGUACAAGCACAACAUCACUAUUAAUCAUAAAACACGUCAAGUUUAUUUGAAAAUUCUAAAGAAAAAGAACACACAAACACACAAUGCCUCAGUGAUUAACAGAACUGUUUCACAGAUCACAGAACUAUAUCAGGGUGUCAUUUCUCAGGCAGAAAUGUAGAUAAAAAUAAUGAAAUCCUGUUCCCCAAACAAGUGCAAGAACCACAGAGUCAAGAAUAGGUUAAAUAUACAAAUAAAAUAAAAUCAAUUAAAAACAAUAGCACAUCAACAUAAAAACAUAUAAACAUAAAGCUGGAGCCUGAGGACAGUGUCCAAAAGCACAACAUCACUAUUAAUCAUAAAACACCUCAAGUUAUUUGAAAGUUCUGAGGACAAAGAACACACAAACACACAAUGCCUCAGUGAUUCACAGAAGUAUAUCACAGAUCACAUAACUAUAUCAGGGUGUCAUUUCUCAGGCAGAAAUGUAGAUACAAAUAAUGAAAUCCUGUUCCCCAAACAAGUGCAAGAACCACAGAGUCAAGAAUAGGUUAAAUAUACAAAUAAAAUAAAAUCAAUUAAAAACAAUAGCACAUCAACAUAAAAACAUAUAAACAUAAAUCUGAAAGCGUUGCUCAAACUCCCGUAACAGUCCAGUUAUUUUAUCUUUGAACCGCUUCAUGUCUGCCACGCACACAUUUUUCAGACAGGGGAAGUGAGCUGCAUCACCACCGGCAAGUUGCGUCUCCCACAAUGACAGCUUCAACUUGAAAGAACGUAUGCUGUCAUAAUACUGCGUGACAACUUUGUUGCGCCCUUGCAGCUGUUUGUUCAAGUUAUUCAGGUGCUCUGUAACAUCCACCAUAAAUGCAAGAUCCGGCAUCCAUUCUGCGGAAUGAAAUUCUAACACUGGUUUGCCCUUUUCUUCCAUGAACUGUUCAAUUUCUUCUCGUAAAUCAAAGAAACGCCUCAGCACAGCACCUCGGCUUAACCAUCUUACCUCAGUGUGGUAUGGCAGGCCAUAAAUGUGGUCUUUCUCUCUGAGAAGGCUGUCAAACUGACGGUGAUUCAGGCUUCUGGAUCGGAUGAAAUUAACAGUUUGGAUGACCACCUUCAUGACGUUAUCCAUCUUUAAUGACUUGCAACACAAAGCCUCCUGGUGCAAAAUACAGUGAAAAGUCAAAAAAUCACGUCCUCUAUUUGCAGAUUGCACUUUCUCUCUGAACUUUGUCACAACGCCUGCUUUUUUCCCGAUCAUUGAGGGCGCACCAUCUGUAGCCAGGCUGACAGCGCGGGACCAGUCCACUCCGACCCUGUCCAGCGCGCCGACCAGUGCGGUAAAAAUAUCAGCUGCUGUCGUUGUAUCUGUCAUCGGCACCAACUCCACAAACUCCUCGGUGACGGUCAAUGUGUCAUCAACUCCGCGGAUGAAAAAAUGGCCAGUUGUGCAACAUCUGUAAUGUCCGUGCUUUCAUCAAUUGCAACCGAAAACGCAAUAAAUGACUUUACUUUUUGCUUCAACUGGCUGUCCAAAUCCACUGAAAGAUCGGAAAUCCUGUCUGCAACUGUGUUUCUUGUCAGGCUGAUAUUUGCAAAAGCCUGCCGCUUUUCAGGGCACACAAUCUCCGCUGCCUUCAUCAUGCAUGUUUUUACAAAUUCACCCCAUUACUAAAUGGUUUUGAAGCCACUGCGAUUUCAUUAGCAAUGAGGUAGCUAGCUUUCACUGCAGCGUCACUGAUGUCUCGGCUGUGAGUAAACACAGACUGCUGUUUCUUCAGACCCGCCAACAGUUCAUUCACCUUCUCUCAUCUCCGCUGUCCUUGAAAGUUGUCAAAUUUGUCGGCAUGAAGACUCACAUAGUGGCGACGAAGGUUAUAUUCUUUCAACACUGCAACAUGCUCUGAACACACCAAACAUACAGCUUUCCCAUUCAAUUCCGUGAUUAAAUAGGAUUACCAUUUUUCUUGGAACACUCUGCACUCUGCGUCCACUUUUCUCUUUUUUGACAGAGACAUAUUGGGGCAAUGAGGGUGCCAAAGCACAUAAUGUUAAAAGUAGAAGCCGUAUAAAUAUCGCGGGCAAAACAAAGUAGCUCAUUGGCUGCACGUGCUUGACCUACUUGCUCUGCCCCGGUAUAAACAGUUUGCUUGCUUAACACAAUUGCUAUUGCGCCAUCCAGUGGACGCAAUUGGAACAGCAGUUUAUUUUAUUUAAAAAUUGCAGCGCAUUUUUAUACUUUAAAACAAAAAAACAAAAAAAUGUUUUUUUUUUUUUUCAAAAUCAUCUCGCGGGCCGGAUUAAACCCGUUUGCGGGCCUGAUCCGGCCCGCGGGCCGUACGUUUGACACCCCUGCUGUAGACCAUACUAUUUACCAAGAUAAUUUUCAUCAGUUUUUUUCAUAGCUGUCUAUUUACAACCACAAACCGAUGCUGCCACUAAGACCGCACUCAACGAGCUGUAUAGGGCCAUAAGCAAACAAGAAAAUGCUCAUCCAGAGUCGGCGCUCCUAGUGGCCGGGGAUUUUUAUGCAGGAAAACUGAAAUAUGUUUUACAUCACUACCGGCAUGUCACCUGUGCAACUAGAGGGAUUAAAAAAUAUAGAUCACCUUUAGUCCACACACAGAGAUGCAUACAAAGCUCUCCCCCACCCUCAAUUUGGCAAAUUGGACCAUAACUCUAUCCUCCUGAUUCCUGCUUACAAGCAAAAACACAAACAGGAAGUACCAGUGACAUGCUCAAUACGGAAGGGGUCCGAUUUAGCCGACGCUAAGCUACAUGACUGUUUCGCUAGCACAGACUGAAAUAUGUUCCCGGGAUUCAUCUGAUGGCAUUGAGGAGUUUACCACAUCAGUCACCGGCUUCAUUAAUAAAUGCAUCGACGACGUUGUCCCUACAGUGACCAUAUGUACAUAUCCCAACCAGAAGCAAUGGAUUACAGGCAACAUCCGCACUGAGCUAAAGGCUAGAGCUGCCGCUUUCAAGGAGCAGGACACUAAUCCAGACACAUAAGAAAUCCUUCUACGCCCUCGGACGAACAAUCAAACAGGCAAAGCGUCAAUACAGGACUAAGAUCGAUUCCUACUACACCGGCUCUGAUGCUCAUCGGAUGUGGCAGGGCUUGCAAACUAUCACGGAUUACAAAGGGAAACCCAGCUGAGAGCUGCCCCAGUGACACGAGCCUACCAGAUGAGCUAAAUGCCUUCGAUGCUCACUUCGAGGCAAGCAACACUGAACCAUGAGUGAGAGCACCAGCUGUUCCGGCCGACUGUAUGAUCAUGUUCUCCGUAGCAGAUGUCAGUAAAACCUUUAAAACAGGUUAACAUUCACAUGGCCGCAGGGCCAGACGGAUUACCAGGACGCGUACUCAGAGCGUGUGCUGUCCAGCUUGCAAGUGUCUUCACUGACAUUUUCAACCUCUCUCUGACCCAGUCUGUAAUACCUACAUAUUUCAAGCAAACCACCAUAGUCCCUGUGCCUAAGAACGCCAAGGUAACCUGUCUAAAUGACUUCCGCCCCGUAGCACUCACAUCUGUAGCCAUGAAAUGCUUUGAAAGGUUGUUCAUGGCUCACAUCAACACCAUCAUCCCAGAAACCCUGGACCCACUCCAAUUCGCAUACCGCCCCACAACAUCCACAGAUGACGCAAUCUCUAUUGCACUCCACACUUCCCUUUCCCACCUGGACAAAAGGAACACCUACAUGAGAAUGCUGUUUAUUGACUACAGCUCAGUGUUCAACAUCAUAGUGCCCUCCAAGCUCAUCACUAAGCUUAGGACCCUGGUACUGAACACCUCCCUCUGCAACUGGAUCCUGGACUUCCUGACGGGCCGCCCCAAGGUGGUGAGGGUAGACAGCAACACAUCCACCACGCUGACCCUCAACACGGGGGCCCCUCGGGUGUGUGCUCAGUCCCCUCCUGUACUCCCUGUUCACCCUCGACUGCGUGGCAGUGCACGACUCCAACACCAUCACUAAGUUAGCUUACGACACAACAGUGUUAGGCCUGAUCACCGACGAUGAUGAGACAGCCUAUAGGGAGGAGGUCAGCGACCUGUCUGUGUGGUGCCAGGACAACAACCUCUCCCUUAAUGUGGACUACAGGAAAUGGAGGGCCAACGGGGCUGUAGUGGAGUGGGUGUCCACAUCACUAAGGACGUAUCAUGGUCCAAACACACCAACACAGUCGUGAAGAGGGCAUGACAACGCCUCUUCCCCCUCAGGAGGCUGAAAAUAUUUGGUAUGGGCCCUCAGAUCCUCGAAGUUCUACAGCUGCGCCACCGCUUGGUAUGGCAACUGCUCGGCAUCCGACUGCAAGUCACUACAGAGGGUAGUGUGUACGGCCCAGAAGUGUGUGGAGUGGUUGAAAAACGAGUUUUAAUGACUCCAACCUAAGUGUAUGUAAAUUUCCGACUUCAACUGUAUAUAUAUAAAAAUGUAUAUAUAAUUCCCAGGAUGGAAAAACUUUUCAGUGUAAACUUAAAGGACAAAACCAGAUAUAAAGUAUGUAGAAAAUAUAAUGUACCUAUAUAUUUUAAUAAGAUCCUCUUUGAGAACUAACAAUCACCUAAAUAAAAGCUAGACAGUCAGGGAGAAUUUUCUAAAAUGGUACAUUCAGGAGUGUAUUUGUCAUGGCAUGGGGCCCGGCAUUGAUUUUGUUAUGUUUGAGUCACUCAGAUAGCAUAAGCCAUGGCAAGAUGUGUAGAAUUGCAGGAAAUUGCUUUAAAACAGCUACAUUUUGUCGCUGUGGCCAACAGGAGGGCCAAAAAAAAUAUAUACAUCUGCGACCGCACAAUUGGCCAACCCAAUGGCCACUCCCCUCCCACCACCUAAGCCCCAUUUUGAUCAAGACAAAACCCCUAAAGCAAAGAUUUUUAUAACUAACCCAAAAUUGACCAGAGCCUGUCGUUUCCAAUGGGAGCAAAUGCAUCGUAGUGGGCAGAAUAAGCAAGGAGGUGGGCAGAGAUAAGCACGAGCGAGUGAGAUCCUAUUGGCGUGUUCUAGCAUUUAUUUGCAUAUUUCCAUUAGGGAACCCCUACUCUGAAGUGGGCGGGUGCAAUAACUGAAUUCGCCCUUGCACUCCUUCUAAACAACAUCAUUUUUUAAAACUUUGGCAAAGGGUAAAAUCUACAAAACGCAGUCCACUCUGUUUGUUACAGAUUCUAGUUUUGGAAAUAGAAAACUGUAUGGAGAUAAAAUGUUUAAUCGAUGAGAAAAUGUGCAGAAUGUGGGCCAAAAUCCAUCUCGCUCCAUCUUUUCCCACUGCCGGCCACUGGGGUUCCUCUCAUCACCAUAUUUGGUAGUGAGUGGAAAUGCCAACCGGAUGCUUCACAUUUAUACAUCCAGUGAAAUAUCUGGCUCAUUGUUCUAUCUGUGCCUGAAGCUCUCCCAGUUUGUCCUUCCUGCGCAUCCGCAGCCCCCUGGAGGAGAGCGAGGAGGGCUCCACACAGACUGGCAAAGAGAACCAGGGUCAGGUGUGUACAGACUGAGGGCUUGGAAGUGUGCUCUUCAGAGAGAAAGGUACAGUAAAUUGCAGAGAAACAGAUGAGAGUUGUAGAUUUGUGUCUUCUUAUGGUGAUCGAUGUGGACUGUUAUGAGAUAGCAGUAAGUGUGUUUUGGAGGGUAAGUGCGUGUUUUGGAGGGUAAGUGUGUGUAUACUUUGGGGGUAUACAAUAGGUGUGUAUUAUGAGUAAACAUCAGAGGCCAGAAGUGUGUGCUUGUAUUCUCACUCUCCUUUGACCUUCUCUCUAUUCAGACAAACCCAGACAAAUCAGCAUCAGGCGUGAGAGAAUGUCUUUCCAGCCCUGCUGUGCAGAGAACCUUCUUUGGGGGAGCGAAAGGGUGGGUGAGAGUUUUUUUGGAGUUUUGUAUGCAGUGUCACACACUGUCAAACAGAUUAAACAACAUUUUGAUAAAGACAGUAUUGAAUUAAUAAAUAUAUUACAGAAUAUUACUUACACCUUGGUUUGUGUGGGUCUGAGCUGGACAGCUGGUAUGGUCCUCGCAGCUUCCCAGGCUGCCAGGUGCUCCUUUCCACUUAUUUUUCUCCCAGUCGCACCUUAUCCUCUGGCACUCAGAAUACAGCAACCCCUACCCCUCCCACAGCCAAGCCAGAUACAGCAAUCCCUCCCACAGCCAAGCCAGAUACAGCAAUCCCUCCCACAGCCAAGGCAGAUACAACUACCCCUACCCCCAACAAGGGCAAGCCAGAGGCUCAUACAGCUACCCCCAACAAAGGCAAGCAACUGGGAAAUACGGGAAAUAUACACCCUCACACAGGUGAACACCUCAGCUGUCAGAAAUACCUAGCCCAAUAAAGGACUAAAGGAGCCUAAUGUUACUCCUUAUAGUCCAGGACCUUACAUGUUCUGUUUAGAGGCCAAUUGGCUUUGGAAGCCAUAAUAGCCAAAUACUCCAUCUAUACGUGAAUCGAUUCUCAAUUGCGGUACGGUUCUAGAAACAUAAAUCCCUAUACUUUCAUAUCAUAUCAAAAUAAUUUCACAAAUGCAAAAUAUACACUUACUGUCAUGACUUCCUCCGAAGUUGCAACCUCUCCUUGUUCGGGCAGGCUUCGGCGUUCGUCGUCACCGGCCUUUUAGCCACUGCCGCUCCUCAUCUCAUCAUUCCAUUUGUUUUGUCUUGUUUUUACACACACCUGGUUCAUAUCCCCUCAUCAGUACCUGUAUAAGUGUUCCCUCUGCCCCCUUGUAUUUGUGUGUGAUUGUUUAUUGUGGAGGAUAGCUAAGCUCGGUGGAGCUCCUUGUAUUUUGUAUUGCCGGGAUAUUUCCCUGUGUGUCUUGUAUUUUCCAGUGCGCCUGUUUUGCACACUAGAGUGUUUGAUGCAUUUCUGCGUAACUCUGUAUUUGCGGAAUAAAGCCUGUUAUUCUGUGAUUUACCCUCCUGCGCCUGACUCCUUCGACAUCACCUCAUCACACUUACUGUACACUGUUUUAACCGGUUUUAACACAUUUGCAGCCAACAGUAUUUUUCAGUGACAACUCGUUUGUGGUGUCCGUCUUUCGUUUACACACAGGUGUUCGGAGACGCAGAUAGCUAAUUAGCACAGGUAGUCCACUGUCUUCCAUCUGUUUUCUGUAAACAAGCGCUGUAACAUGGCAAUAUGGCCGUGUUGGAACCCUAACCCUAUAAAGGUGCAUUGUAAUUCAACCUUUUUGUUUUUUGAAAAUAAUUUAUCGCUGAUAUGAAAGACACGCUCCUAACACGCAAGCGAUGCGUGUUAAUGUUUAGAGCAAGCGUCGGGGCUCUUAACAAAACUCCCCCGGUCAGAAGAUACUAUCGUCAAUAGUCGCUAAAGCAGUUAGCGUUUAUGAAUGGGGUAAGAAAUACCAUGCAUCAAGCUUGAGAAACACUGAGCUUGAGAAAUUAUAAAUGGUCAUGUUUUUCAGCUUCAAGGGAAAUACUCCUGAAAGACAGCUGAAGAGAAAACCAAACUCCAAAAUCAGGUAUUCUUUUAUACAUCAGCCCAUGGAUAAUUUUGUGAGGGUAAGCUUAUCCUACAUCUGCACUUAGGGGCAGCUUCCAGCUCGCACGUAUCUGUCGGUGCACAGCAUUAAUCUGUCCUUUACCUCCCUCUGUCAGGCAGAACCAGCUACAUGUCACCACUUUUAGUAAGCAGAGAGAACCUGCAGUCAGUAAGGGGCCUACAGCUACCCCACAACACAUUUGAUUUCAUAUGAUACUACCAACUUUUUCAGCCCUACCGAUCUAAAGAACCUGUUGGCGCAUGUUAUAAAAUAUUUAUAAAGUCAGUUUUGUUUAUAAAUUCUGUUGAAUUUAAGCAACAGCCACUAGUCUCUUGUAUGCGCAGGUCCAAUAAUAUCCACUUCACUUUCAUGUGUGGCAGCUUUAACAUGAUUGGUUGACGGUAGUACAUCCAACCUUCACAUCUAGCUUCUUCACCUGCGGGAUCUUUGGGGGGGGGGGUUGCAUUGCUGAGGAGUAUUUCUGUCUGUAAUAAAGGCCAUUUGGCGGUAAAAUCUAAUUCUGAUUGGCUGGGCCUGGCUCCCCAGUGGGUGGAAUAUUCCAAGAAAGCAAAAUGACGUUGAAAAUACGUAUUUUCCAGAGGUUGAAAUCAGGUUCAUUUUCGGUUCUGAAUGAAAGUUGAAAACACUUAUUUUCCUGAUGUUGAAAAUACGUAUUUUAAAGACGUUGAAAAUAUGUAUUUUCCGGAUGUUGAAAUCAGGUUCAUUUUUCGUUCUGAAUGAAAGUUGAAAAUAAGUAAUUUAUAGACGUCUAUGUUUGGGUCAAAUCAAGGCUGGUCCAGAUUGGACAAGAUCUGAACCAAACAUAGACAGACGUCUAUGAUUGGUUCAGAUUCGGUCUGGACCGGACAAAAAAACUAUGUCCCUGGAUGUGGAAAUCAAGGCCGGUCCGGAACUGCACCAAAAAAAGACGUCCAAAAGAUGUCGGCUCGUACUUACUGGGGUGUAGCCUACCAUGUCAGCCCACAAUGGAAUUUUAGGAAUGCCCAUCCAUGUGGUAGGCCCACCGUUUGUAAAACAGGCCACCAUUGCAUUGGCUUUAUUAGUCCUGAUUCCUGUGACUAAUCAAUUUGGCCAUUUAAGCUCUGAAUAUCAGCUAGUAGAUAACCAACUUUAUCAGGAGUUAUCGUGAGCCUUUUUGUAAUGCUUUUACACAGUGAGAAAUGCAGAAGUAUUUUUUUUCCCGCUAUGAUCAGCUUGUCAAAAAUUGACAGAUACAAACUUGAACCCACUGAUCAUGACAAUGUGGUGAAACUCCUGGACAACAGUUGUGAUUGUCCAUUCCAUAUUGUCCAUUUUACUUUGACCUGUCCAGUUUUUAGUAUAUGUUGUUUGUUAACAUGACAGCUAAUUUUUUAUUUGAUUGAGCGCCAUUUAGGUUAGGCUAUUUGAUCAGAGAAACUUGCAUGAUGUAAAAAGUGUCCGUCUCAUUACAUUGUCAUACAUGUUAUCUCCAGCCUGUAGGCUACAGAAAAGGCCACAUACUCUUUCUACCAUAUCCUAUAUCUGCUACAUUAUUUAUGUUAGAUACAUUUUUUGACGGAACGUUGGUGAAGUGCUGCAGAGUCUCUCCAACAGCACCCUGGAGAGGCAUGCUGGGAAUGGACAAGCAAAAUAUUUUGCUCCCCUGCCUUUGACAAAGUGGGCACUGCUUAUCAAAGGGCGGCAUCAGCGCUCACCUAAAAAGCCCAUAUGCCACCGGUUGUGAGAAAUUGUCAUUGAUUUUGGGCAGAAUUAUGUGAAUUAUAUUGAUUUAUUGUGCUCCUUCAAUUUUGUUUGGUGCCUAACGUUUUGAAAGUUGGGAGCAGUGUGUGUUUGUGAGAGAGAGAGUGGUGUGUGUGUGUUUAUGAAAGUGAGGGAGACAGGGAGUGUGUGAGGAAGGGAGAAGGGAGAGUGUCUGUGUUAACUGAAGUGUAAAGGUUUCAUGCAGUGUUUUAUCAUUACUGACACAAUGACAUGCAGAUCAUUAUGCAUGUAUAAUCCUUCCUCCCAUUCCUCCAGCCAAAUCACAGGUAGGCCUUUGAAAGUAUGAGCAAAUCAGCCAUUCUAUGCAGUAUUCUAUUAUACACUGAACAGUGUGAAGUUAAAUUAAAUGUGUUGGAUUGAGUAGAAGUGUGAAUUUCAGUGACCAGGUUUUUGGAGAACGUUUAGAAAAUGUGCACAAGCGUCCGGGGGACAGGGUGAACAGGAUGCUAGGCCACAGAUCUCUUUUUACAGUGGUAUUGCGAUACUACUCGGUAUCGUGAUACUUGCCCUGGUAUCUUAUCGUUUGUAAAAAUGUUGGUAUCGUGACAACACUACUGCCCUCUCUGCUCCUUCAGGUUCCCUCUGUCCCACAUCCAGAUGCACGCCAGUACCUGUGGAGACCACGUGGACUCCCAUGUCAUCUGGGUGGACUAGGAAAGACUGCAUUGUAUAUUUACACGUUUCUGCUUUUAAUCAGUGGGCAGUGCAGCAAACGUGGAUACACUAUUGUUUUUAAUAUACUGUAUUUUUAAUAUACCUAUUACAUAUUGUAUAGUAUAAACAACAUCAACGAUAAACUGUGUUCAGGACAUCUAUUUCAGAAGUAAUCAAUCAUAAUUGAAAUGAUCAAUUCAUUUUUGAUUUAUCUGGGCUUGUUGGCUGCUCCUUGUCUUUUUUUCACCACUCUGAACUUGUUCCACAGGGAACAUUAAUGACUGCUGCUACCUGUUAGUUAACAGCUGUCUCACCUGCAGCAUUUCCACUGGGGAGCGUUGCAGUGUUAAUGUUAAUAGAGGCUUGGUAAGGAAGGCAAGGGCCACUCCCUGGUUUGGGCCUAGCCAGGCGUGAAACACACUGAAAUGGUUGCUUUUUAAUUGGUCUUGUCCCAGGGGAGUAGAGAUGUGUUAUUUGGAUUGUGGGGAGUCAUUCUAACCAAGCUCUGUGUAGUCAGCCGAGAGCACAUGACCACAGUGAUCCAUUUUCUGCACACUGACUGAGCCCAAAACAGCAGUCAGCGGACCCCACUGCCGUUCUCUCCUACCCUUCUCAGCCUCAAGAAUAACCAGGGCGCUUGGAUUUCCACCGAUAAUGUGAGAUCAUCUUCAUACUAGGGACAAUUACUCCAUUAUCUGUCCAUUUUACUGAAGAAACAUGGAAAACCUCACAGUGAGUGUAUUUGAAAUAAACUUUUCAUAGAAAAGAAAGAUGUUAUGCAAUUGAUUGAAAUAUGUGCAUGUAUUCUAAUGUUAAAAAAAAAUCAUGUAAUAGAAUUUGUUUGUUUAUAAUACUCUAAUAAACUUCAAUUGUAAAGUUCCUUUCUUACAUUAUUUGCACUUUGCAGCCCAAAGUGCUCUACAAACGAUUAAAAAGCAGUGAAUAUUUGUUUUAUGCAAAGAAUGAAAGAAAAGGACAUUAAGAAUUAAUAUGAACAGAUUAUUACUGAUCGUCUUGGUGAUAUCUUGCCAUUUUAUCUAGGGAUGGUCCACAUAAUAAUAUGACAUGUUUUCUACUUAUGUCUUCAUAGUGUAUAUUCCUGUUAAAUGCUCAGAUCAUAAUAAUAAUAAUAAUAAUAAUUCAUUUAAUUUGUAAAGUGCUUUUAUCACACUCAAGGUGCUAAAUUAUUAAUAGCAUUAUAAUGCUAUUGUCCUACUGUAUAAUACCUGCUUGGUAAUCCCAUUUAUGAAUGUCAAUGUUCUUAUUUAGGCUACCCAGGGUAGACAAAUGAUUAGUGAUGUGUCAUAUUUUAUUAUAAAUAUUUGUAUUAAUUAAAGCUAGAAUCCUUAAUUGAAUCAAUAACAAAGCAUUUUCCACGCCCCUGUUUCGCAAAAAAGUUAAGGGAUGGGGCUGGAGAAAUGUAACCACCCUCAAAUGUAUAGACGGAGCUAUGCACGCAAGGAUUGACCAUCCAUGAUAUCAAAUGAAUAGUUUUAACCAUGUUUUGAGGAUAUACAGUGAUUGUUUACAUUUUUAGGGUUCUGAUGGGGUACGAUAGUUGAACUAAGCUCAUGAGACAUUUCUAAGUUAUUUUCUUCUAGAAUCAAUGGGUAUACAGUGAGGGAAAGUUUGCCCAAGUUUGCCCAAGCUGAUUUUGUAAGUUUGCCCACUGACAAAGAAAUGAUCAGUCUAUAAUUUUAAUGGUAGGUUUAUUUGAACAGUGAGAGACAGAAUAACAAAAAAAAUAUCCAGAAAAAACGCAUGUCAAAAAUGUUAUAAAUUGAUUUGCAUUUUAAUGAGGGAAAUAAGUAUUUGACCCCCUCUCAAUCAGAAAGAUUUCUGGCUCCCAGGUGUCUUUUAUACAGGUAACGAGCUGAGAUUAGGAGCACACUCUUAAAGGGAGUGCUCCUAAUCUCAGUUUGUUACCUGUAUAAAAGACACCUUUCCACAGAAGCAAUCAAUCAAUCAGAUUCCAAACUCUCCACCAUGGCCAAGACCAAAGAGCUCUCCAAGGAUGUCAGGGACAAGAUUGUAGACCUACACAAGGCUGGAAUGGGCUACAAGACCAUCGCCAAGCAGCUUGGUGAGAAGGUGACAACAGUUGGUGCGAUUAUUCGCAAAUGGAAGAAACACAAAAUAACUGUCAAUCUCCCUCGGCCUGGGGCUCCAUGCAAGAUCUCACCUCGUGGAGUUGCAAUGAUCAUGAGAACGGUGAGGAAUCAGCCCAGAACUACACGGGAGGAUCUUGUCAAUGAUGUCAAGGCAGCUGGGACCAUAGUCACCAAGAAAACAAUUGGUAACACACUACGCCGUGAAGGACUGAAAUCCUGCAGCGCCCGCAAGGUCCCCCUGCUCAAGAAAGCACAUAUACAGGCCCGUCUGAAGUUUGCCAAUGAACAUCUGAAUGAUUCAGAGGAGAACUGGGUGAAAGUGUUGUGGUCAGAUGAGACCAAAAUGGAGCUCUUUGGCAUCAACUCAACUCGCCGUGUUUGGAGGAGGAGGAAUGCUGCCUAUGACCCCAAGAACACCAUCCCCACCGUCAAACAUGGAGGUGGAAACAUUAUGCUUUGGGGGUGUUUUUCUGCUAAGGGGACAGGACAACUUCACCGCAUCAAAGGGACGAUGGACGGGGCCAUGUACCGUCAAAUCUUGGGUGAGAACCUCCUUCCCUCAGCCAGGGCAUUGAAAAUGGGUAGUGGAUGGGUAUUCCAGCAUGACAAUGACCCAAAACACACGGCCAAGGCAACAAAGGAGUGGCUCAAGAAGAAGCACAUUAAGGUCCUGGAGUGGCCUAGCCAGUCUCCAGACCUUAAUCCCAUAGAAAAUCUGUGGAGGGAGCUGAAGGUUUGAGUUGCCAUACGUCAGCCUCGAAACCUUAAUGACUUGGAGAAGAUCUGCAAAGAGGAGUGGGGGCAAAAUCCCUCCUGAGAUGUGUGCAAACCUGGUGGCCAUCUACAAGAAACGUCUGACCUCUGUGAUUGCCAAUAAGGGUUUUGCCACCAAGUACUAAGUCAUGUUUUGCAGAGGGGUCAAAUACUUAUUUCCCUCAUUAAAAUGCAAAUCAAUUUAUAACGUUUUUGACAUGCGUUUUUCAGGAUUUUUUUGUUGUUAUUCUGUCUCUCACUGUUCAAAUAAACCUACCAUUAAAAUUAUAGACUGAUCAUGUCUUUGUCAGUGGGCAAACGUACAAAAUCAUCAGGGGAUCAAAUACUUUUUUCCCUCACUGUAUAUAAUUAAUUUAUACGUCCAAAAAUGGAUGUAGCAGCUAAGGAUUCUAGUUUGGAUUAAUGCUGUUUAGAUUUGGAGACAUCAAAGCAAUAAGCUGUCUCUGUGUCUCCUUGUGGUUUUAGCCAGAGCAAUGGCGGGAGAUAGUGAACAAGAAGAUGCGCUUCCCUCCGGAGCUGAUCAGUGCCAUCCAGGAGGGGAACAUAGUGAUGGUGUGUGGCCUGCUGAAUACUGGUGAUGGUAUCAUCCGCCAGCUGGAUGACUCCGAGGACCGGCUGUGGAGAGAGUCCCUCAACCUGUCCAUCCGCCUGGGCAACGAGGACACCAUGGACGCCCUCCUCCAGGGCAUCAAGUUUGACUUUCGCCAGAUCCAUGAGGCUCUGCUGGUCGCCGUGGACACCAACCAGCCCCGCGUGGUGAAGAGGCUCCUCGACCGCCUGGACCAGGAGAAGGGCAACAAGAUGGACGUGCGAUCCUUCUCCCUGGCCAUCUUCGACCACUCUAUCGACGACUCACAGUUCGCCCCUGGCGUGACCCCGCUGACCCUGGCCUGUCAGAAGGACCUGUAUGAGAUUGUCACCAUGCUGACCCAGAAGGGCCACGUCAUCCCACGGCCACACAAGAUCUCCUGUGCCUGUCUAGAGUGCAGGAACGGGCGGCAGUAUGACCUGCUGAAGUUCUCCCUGUCUCGCAUCAACACCUACCGUGGCAUUGCCAGUCGGGCCUACCUGUCCAUCACCUCAGAGGACGCAAUGCUCAGUGCCUUCGGCCUCAGCAAGGAGCUCCGCAAACUCUCCAAGAAGGAACCCGAGUUCAAGGUUAGAUCCUGUUUGUGCUUAUGCCCAUUUAGUCGCUCUGCACAAAGUAUGUGGUGUAUUACACUGGAACUAAUCUCUCGUGGACAGACUAUGUAAACAUACAUUACGCACAAUUUUAGUUCUGGGUUAACUGAGAUUACCCUGAAACAGGAAUAUAACUAUAUAGGGAAAUUAAUGUUUUCAUUGUGAGUAACUAUAAUUUGCUACCAUACCAUUACCAUAUUAUUACCAUUUUAUUCCAUGCUGUAAUGUGAAGUGCUAUUAGGUUGUUUAUCUGAGUGAUUGUUUGUGUUCUCUCUCUCCCCCAGCCUCAGUACUUGGGUCUGGAGGAGCUGUGCCAGGAGUUUGCAGUGGAGCUGCUGGGAAUGUGCCGUAACCAGAGUGAAGUCACCACCAUCCUGAACAGCUGUGGAGAUGAAAGCCAGGACGCCCUUGACCAGCAGGCCUUUGAGGAGGGCAUCCCCAACCUGACCCGCCUUAGGCUCGCCGUCAACUACAACCAGAAACAGGUAGAGCCACAGUCCUCUACGGAGCUAGUAGACAAGACCAUCCCUGGGUAUUUUAUACUGUACAUAGGCCUAUAUUCUGAGUGGUGUUAUUUGGGGUGCUGCUGUCAUUGAUUUAUAACGAACAUGUUCAGUGAGAUGAAAGGUGCAAUCCUCUCCAUAUUUCCAGUUUGUGAAUUGUGGCCGCUCUUUCUGUCUUUCUAGUUUGUAGCCCACCCUAUCUGCCAGCAGGUGCUGUCCUCUAUUUGGUGUGGAAACUUGUCUGGCUGGAGGGGCAGCAGGACGGCAUGGAAGCUGCUGGUGUCUGUGGGGAUCUUCUUCACCAUGCCGCUCCUCUGCCUCGUCUACUGGAUCGCACCCAAGUCCAAGGUCAGAUGGCCUCAAGUUCUGUAAAGGUGGUGAUGUUUUAUGGACCUUGUGUGACUCUGUGUGGGUCUGUCUUGGGCCUGCAGAUGUAUGGGUCCAUUUUCUCAUGUAUUUGCUUUUGGCUAUGUAUGUACCCUACUGAAUUUGUCUCAGGUGGGAAAGAUACUGAGGAUUCCGGUGAUUAAGUUCCUUCUUCACUCUGCCUCCUACAUGUGGUUCCUCAUCACGUUGUUGGGAGAGUCCAUCACCAUGGAGUUGUACAGAGACGAAUUUGCUUCUCGUCAGCAGAAUAUUCUGCACAGCUCAUUCCACAUGGUGUGGGUGGUCGGUGGGUUAGCUAUUUCUCCCUUAACACAGACUCUGUUAUUACAUUGAAUAUUGAAAUACCAUAAUGAACUACCAUAAAUACAGUUUGUCCUUUAUGGUCGAAUGGGGAAAUUUACAAUUGGGCAUACAGCAGUUAUCAGUCAAGUGACAGGUCCUCCAUUAUUGUACUGUCUAUCACCUACAGGGUUCUUCUGGUAUGAAUGUAAGGAGGUGUGGAUUGAAGGUCUGCGUAGCUACUUCCUGGACUGGUGGAACUGCAUGGACAUGAUGGUGCUUAGCAUGUACCUGGCCUCCUUCACUCUGCGCGUCCUCAUCAUGCUCAAAGGUCACUUCCUGUGCCAGGCCCCUGACGGGACUGAGGAGUGUGCCUACUUCACCCAGACUGGUGAGAGAAAGAUGCUUUAUCCAACCAGAGACAGGGAUUUGAGUCAUUAUCAUGGUGUUAGAUUUGAAGUUGAAGUUUUACCAGGAUGGGGGUCCAGUCAAUUCAGGAAGUAAACAGAGGAAUUUCAGUUUACUUCCUGUUCCAGAAUUGACUGAAUUGAAAUGGAAUUGACCCCAAUCCUGCAAUACAUGUUCAUGUUUCCUGGGCUAAACUGGCUAAUAUUGUUUGCCAUUGCCCUGUAGUGCGCCAGGACUGGCAUCAGGAGGACCCCCAGCUCAUAGCUGAGGUGCUGUUUGCAGUGACCAGUAUGCUGAGCUUCACCCGCUUGGCCUACAUCCUUCCUGCACAGGAGUCCCUGGGCACACUCCAGAUCUCCAUAGGGAAGAUGAUCGAUGACAUGAUGAGGUAGGAUGAAAUGCUCAGGCUAUGCUGUCCACCGAGAUGUUGUGCAAUAUAUACUGUGAGGUACAGUCUGUCUGUGAUUGUGCUGCUUUCCUCACAAAAUAAACCAAUAUUGGUUGGUUGAUAGAUACAAGUCUCUUUUCUCUCCCAAGGUUCAUGUUCAUAUUGAUGAUUAUUGGAACAGCUUUCCUCUGUGGUAUCAAUAACAUCUAUGUUCCUUAUGUCACCCAACCAUAUCUUGGAAGGUAAAGAAUAUUUUGAAGUACACUAUGCUUAACUACAUAGCUCCAUAAUUAUCUUAUUAAAUCAUUAUGACAAUCAUAAACCUCCCGACCCUAACUCCAUUCCUAAGGUUUAAUGAGACCUUUCGUUUCCUGUUCUGGACCAUGUUUGGGGUGGCCAACCAGGACUAUGUGGACAUGCCCAAGUUUGUGGUGGCAGAGUUUGUGGGCAGAGUCCUUUACGGCAUCUUCACCCUGGUGAUUGUGAUCGUGCUGCUCAACAUGCUCAUUGCCAUGAUCACCAACUCCUUCCAGAAGAUUGAGGUGAGAAAGAUUGCACUCAGGAAACUUGGCUCUAGGUUGGUCCACCUCAAGGGCAGGACGGAUGCCUUUGAAUGGAAGAAACUGCAUUCCACUGGAGCAGAUAGUGUUUCAAAGCUCAAACUCUAGACCUUUAUGAUUACACAGUAAAGUUUAGAAGGGAUUCUAGGAUGGGCCCUGACUGCUGCUUUCUGUACCUGUCCUCUCAGGAUGACGCUGACGUUGAGUGGAAAUUUGCCCGAUCCAAGCUCUAUCUGAGUUACUUCCGAGAAGGUCUCACUAUGCCUGUCCCCUUCAACAUUAUCCCCUCUCCUAAGGCCUUCUUCUACCUCAUACGGUAGGUCAGGGGUCUCCAACCCUGUUCCUAGAGAGCUACUGUCCUGUAAGUGUUCGCUCCAACCCCAGUUGUAACUAACCUGGUUCAGCUUAUCAACCAGCUAAUUAUUAGAAUCAGGUGUGUUAGAUUAGGGUUGGAGUGAAAACCUACAGGACGGUUGCUCUCCUGGAACAGGGUUGGAUAGCCCUACGGUAGGUUAUAUCGUUUGUUAUACAGCCAACUUCCUCUACCAACAAUAGAACAACCUCUAUCUCAAAGGUCAGUUUCAUCUCAUAUUUCGUGUUUUCAUGUUUAUCCCAGGGGUAUUUUUCGUCAGAUCUGCUGCUGUUGUACUUUGAACUCGACACCAGACUAUCCCCCCAUAACCUCCAUGGUAAGAACUCCACCUCAGCUCAUUUGACAUGGUCUUGACAUACAGAAUGCAGACCAAUGAGAAUGUGUCUGUUCUCUUUGUUGUCCAGUCCAAUGAGAAGGAGAUGGACGGUGGAGGAUCAGGGGAGAACCAGAUACCUUACCGCCAGCAGGUGAUACGGGCUCUGGUGCAGCGCUACAUUGAGUCUGAACGCCGGAAGUUUGAGGAGACCAAGAGAAAAGGUAACCCAUAAAGUUUCCUGACCCAGCCUUAGGGCCUUCAAGUCUUCAGUUAAGACAUGUUUCUGUGUUAAAGGUCAGUUAAACAGAGAGGAAGUACUGACUUGGCCUCACACACGCACACUCUGUUUAGUACUGUAUGUAUGUAAAUAGCAUUGUGGUGCAUUCAGUGUCAUUGGUUUGGUCUGUUCUUACGUCCUCAGACGUGGGUAAUCGGAUCACAGAGCUAAACAAGGUGGUGGGCAGGCUGCAUGCUGAGAUGAAGGCCAUCAUGCAGGUUCUGGUGGACUCUGGCCAGGCUGCAGGAGACAUCCCCAACACUGAUGGCUCCUCCAUCCUGGGGAAAUACAUAAUGGGAGCCAAGAACAACUUCAGGGGGUUCGACAACAGGCUGGACAACAAACACACACCUCUGCAGGUGGUUGUGGAGAUGGGAGAAGAAGGAAAAGUGGCGGAAGAGAAGGCUGGAGCAGUGGUGAUACCAGAUGACGAAGGGAUGGAGAUGGAACAUGACAGAAAGGUGGAGAUAGGAAAGGAUGGAGCAGUGCUGAUAGCAGAGGAGGGAGGGAUGGCAAUGGAACAGGAGGUAAAGGAUGGAGGGGUGGUGGUCAAACAGGAGGAAAAGGUGGAGGUGGGGCUAGAUGGAGCAGAGGGGACAAAGCAGGUAGGAGACAUGGAUGUUGUGAAGAUGGAGGAGGGGAGAAUUGAUGGAAAUAAGGGAGAGAGAAGGGUGGAGGAGGUAGUGAAGCAGUCCGAGGAGAACAUGGAAAAUGGAGUGAAGGGAGAGGUAAGAGUGGAAAAGAUUGUAAAGGAGUCAGAGCACAAGAUGGAAAGGAGAGGAGACGGUGACAGGAAGGGGGACAAGGGGAUAAAAAAGGCACGCACCAAUGAGAUGGUGGAGAAAAGGGUGGAGGGAGAGGUCAGUCUGGGUAAGGCAGAAGUAAGGAUGGAAGUGAAAGACAAAGGGAAAAAGGUAGAUAGCAGUGUGGAUAAUACAAUCUGGGACCAAGGAGUUGUAGGAGGUGACAAAAAGGUUAAUGAAAUGGGAGGAUGUGGGAAUGAAGGGAAAGUAGACAUGGGACUGGGAGAUGUGAAAGAGGUAGAGAGGAAGGUCAAAGCAAUGGCACUAAAGGAGAAAAGAGUGGUGGGGAAGAUCAAUGUGGCAGAGAGGUGGACUAAGGGCCAGGGGAGGGCAGUGGAGGAGAAUGUGACUGAGAAGAAGGCUGCCAAGGCUGGCAUGGUGGUGGUGGAGAAUACUGCCAGGGCUGAGGUGAAGACCCAGGGGGAGAAGGUGGUUCCUUCCCCGACCAGCAGCAGCAGCUCACAGGACACUGGCUUCGGCUCACAGGAAGGGGAGGGGUCCAUCGAUGGAGGACCAAUGAGACCCGCACAUCUGAGUGCAUCAUCUCCAGAUUAG